AUGGAUUAUUUAAAUGGAUUUAUACUUGAUCCAAGACAUCAUGAUUUACUUUCCAUUCUAAAAGGGUUUCGUAAUGGAGUUGUAUAUGGAGCAAAAGUAAGAUUUCCACAUGCACUAGUCAUGACUAUCUUAUUUAAAACAGGAUCUGUAGAAAGUAAAGCAAAAGGAAUUUUCAGAGCUACAAAACAGCAUGCACAAAACUUGGGUACUUUUGCAGCUAUCUACAAAACACUUAUGAUUGUACAAAGACGAUUCAAUGGAAACAAAGAAGCUAGUAUUCAUCCUUUUAUUGCAGGUAUUAUCGGUGGAUACUAUGUAUUUGGUGAAAAUAAUAGUAUUAACCAACAGAUUAUUCUUUAUUUAUUUUCUCGAGUUGUAUUGGCAUUGGUUAAGGUACCAGUUAAAAGACAAGUUGUUGAUGCUCCUCAACAUACUUAUCCUGUAUUUGCUGCUGUCGUAUGGGGCCUUGUUAUGUGGUUAUUCAGGCAUGAAACAGAUACUGUGCAGCCUUCACUUAGAGCCUCUAUGGAGUAUAUUUAUCGUGAUUCUGAUACAUGGAGUUCCUUAAAAACAUUGUUAUGGCAUAAUAAAUAG